AUGGGCUCAGUCUCACCGGCUCACCCUGCCGAUCACAACUCACUACCAGCCGCCCAAUCAGCCACGGUACGCCACAUCUACGACUUUGUGGAGCAAUUCUUCCAAAAUCCCCAAUUCGACGCGUCGCACGACUUCCGGCAUGUAAGACGCGUGACCAGGACGGCCAUUGAGAUCUUCGAAGCAGAAAGGACUGCCAAUCCUGACUUGGACCUAUACACGAUCAUUCUGGGCGCCUUACUGCACGACGUCGAGGACAAGAAGUAUGCCCAAUCGAAGGACGCCAUCAAACUUGCCCUGCUCGAGGUUGGCAUGCCGGAAGCAGAAGCUUCUCGACUGCAGAGACUCGUAGAGGGCGUUUCGUACUCAUCGGAGAUCAAAGAUUCGGAGAAGGUGCGCCUGCUGAUUGCGGAGAUCCCAGAGCUCGCUGUAGUGCAGGACGCAGACCGGCUCGAUGCCAUCGGCGCCAUCGGGAUUGCUCGGUGCUUCACUUUCGGAGGCGCCAAAGAUACGAGGUCCCUUGAGGAGUCGGUAGAGCAUUUCCACGACAAGCUGUUCAAGCUGGAAGGCAUGAUGAAGACUGAGACUGGCAAGGUGUGGGCCGCUGAGAGGACCAGGGUCCUUCACGACUUCGUGGACUGUUGGAAUCGUGAGAUCAGGUGA